AUGCGUUCUGCUACUGCCAUAGGCGUAUAUGAAUUCAUUCACGUAAAUACUUUUUCUAUCUAUCUAUCUAUCUAUCUAUCUAUCUAUCUAUCUCAGUCUGUUAGUAUCUAUCUGUUUUCUAUUUCUGCUUUUUCUUCUUCUUCUUUUUUCAUCUUCUUCUUUCUUUUUCUUCUUCUUCUUUUUUAUCUUCUUCUUUCUUUUUUUCUUCUUCUUCUUUUUAUUGAUCUGAGUCAGUCACAUCUAUGUACUUAUCUACCUCAGAAUGUAAGUAUCUAUCUAUCUAUCUAUCUAUCUAUCUAUCUCUGUUCAUAUCUAUGUCAGCCAAUUUGCAUCUAUUUCUUUCUUUCUUUCUAUCUUUCUAUCUAUCUAUCUAUCUAUCUAUCUAUCUAUCUAUCUAUCUAUCUAUUUGCUGUACGCUAUAUAAAAAUAUCUAUGUCACUCAAUUCGCAUAUCUAUCUAUCUAUCUAUCUAUCUAUCUAUCUAUCUAUCUAUCUAUGA